GACUUCCUGAAAACGGCCCGGGACAGAGUUUCUCACUUUCGAUUUCCGGGAACUCUCAGCUGGCUGGAGCUUUUUUGAAGUGCGAGAGAGAGGUUUUGUUUAAAAUUUUGAAAUGGAGGCUAGCCUGACCUGUGCAGUGUGCCUAUCGUUGUUUGAGAACCCCACUACUCUGCCUGUAUGCUCGCACAAUUUUUGCAAGAAGUGCAUCUUGGAGUGUGUCACCAAGUCGUUCUGCUCCGGCAUCGGGCUGGGCAGCAGCAACAACAUCUGGAGAAACAGCCAGCUCGAGUGCCCGCUCUGCAGGAAGACCAACUUCAUCGCCGAGGGCGCCGUCAACCUGCCCGGCAACACCACCCUGGCCGAGGUGGUGAAGCUCUUCAGGUCGCAGCACGGCGCCAGCGGCGGCAGUUGGCAGGAGCGAUGCGAGGAGCUGGAGGAGGGACCGGGCCCGGGCUCGGGCCCGGGAGCCAAGACCCCGGGCGCCGGGCGUGCGACCUGCGAGCGCCACCCGCCCAGGAGCCUGCUGCUCUUCUGCAAGGUCUGCAAACAAGUGGCGUGCGGCCAGUGCGUGUCCGAGCACCACCGCGGCGUCUUCCACUCUGUCAACUUGAUUGACAUCAUCUACCAGGAGGAAAAGCUUGAUUACUUUAACAACCUGAGAGAACUGAGACAGCUGAGUGAGAGACUAAAGGCUGAAGUUGCUGACAAGCCUUCGGAUAUGGAGCUCAUUUUGGAGUAUGAGAAAGAAAUUGUAAUGAACAAGUUCGAUGAGAUUUCAGAGAAAUUGGAAUUGAAAAGAAAGCAAUUGUUGGAAAAGAUUGAAAAACAGAUUGAAAGCAAGAAGGCUGAACGCAAAGCUAGCCUGGCAAGAAAACAAACGCAGAAGGACGCAGUGGAGAGGUAUUUGAAAGAAUGUGAACAGCUGGUGAAUGAAUGCAAUCCUGUAAAUUUUCUUAAGGUGGCCUGCGACUUAAAUGAAAGAGUAAGAGGCAACCUUGCUGUUGUUCUCCCUACAUUGAAAACGCAAAAUGAAUUAGCUUGUUUGCAGCCCAGUCAGUUUCACAUAGAACCAGUUCUGGAUAGCAUCUCUGCGCUUCAGUUGGACAAAGGUACAACAGAACCAAAUGGUGCUUCAGCGCUACCCACAGACACUGGCAACACCACAGGUCAGAUAGUCGCAGAUGGUUACAGAUUUAAAACUCCUUUGAAAAUGUGGAAACAGCCCAAGGACUUUGACAAACCAAAAUUUUCUCCAAAAACAGUCUUUGACCUGCUUGAUGGCCAGGAAAAUCGCCAUUGGUGUCUUACUGCCAAAUCUGAAUAUCAGGACAUGAGUCUGGAGGAAAUGCGUUACAAAUACUACCAGUCCUAUAGAAAAGACUGGAACUGUUUCAUGAAUGAAUCAUAUUCUGGAGAUGUAAAUAAUGCAAACCCUUCAGUAUCUUCCAGUACUUCUGUAGAUAGAUUGGAAAAACAUGGAAUAGAGCAGCAUCCAGUCAAGCUGUUCAGUUUUGUUCAUUCCCAUAAAAAAGUGAAAAAUAAAUGCCUUGUCAGUGAUUCAAAUAAUUUCAAGUUCCAAUUGUCUAAUAAUUUAGGAACCAUUACCAGUAAACCAUCAAUUUCAAACACUGCCAUUUCAUUAUCUAGUAGUAGUACUACUACAAAGUUGUCUGCUGUUGAAGUUGCACCUUCAUCCUGUGAUUUGGGGGCUGUUAUUACUAAGUCAUCUGUUUCAAACUCUCAGAGAUUGUUAACAACCUUCUCAAGUUUGAGUAUUGAACAAAAGAAGCAAGAGGAUAAUCCUGUUCCAUCAACAUCAGUUGAAGCUGCAGCCAUCUCAGACGUUCCAAGUGUUGUUAAAACUCUGCCAGCAACAAGAGUCACAGUGUCUUGUCCAGCCACUUCAGCCUUCUGUACAGCAUUGCCAGCUUUUGACAAAACAGAUGAACACCAGAUCUUCAUAUCACCUGAAUUCAGAUUUGGUAGUUCCACAGAAACAGUGUGUUCCAAAUCACCAUAUAUACAAAAUGCUACCAGUAAUUCUAAUGUUAAUUCAGGACUAGUUAACGCCACAAUCACUUCUGGUGCUUCACACACAUCUGUAUUGCCUAGUACCUCUGCAAUUGGAAAAGCUACUACUUUGUUCAUAACCACCAAAACGGAAAAUGAACAAGCUCUGCUUUUCCCAACAACUUCCAGAUUUAACAAGCCAUCGGAAAGCUCUUCCGCAAGCAGUACAGCCACUACUUUGACCACUGUAUUUCACAAUACUGCUGCUUGCAAUUCAUCAGAUAAUAAACGAACCAGCACCAUCACAUCAGCUUCUGACAGUGAGAAAGUCUAUUCAGUUGGAACAGCACCUGUUUUUCCCUUUGCAAAAAUUACAGAAGACUGUUCAUCAAAAAGCUCAUCCAAGUCGCCUUUUAGCUUGAGUACUUUGGGGCCUUUAGGUGAUCAAAACAAGGCAAUACCAAAAAGCUUCCUUCUCGGUUCUGAAACUGAAAGAUACAAAUCUUUAUUCACCAACUUUCCCAAUGUACAAAUUUCAGCCAAAUCAAAUACGUCUUUAGGAAACCAAAAUAGUUCAUCGGCCGCUGAUUUGAUUUAUGCAAGAGGUGAUGCUUCUGACCUCUUCACACCUGCCCACUCCAAAAGUGAUGUUUCAAUAUUGAAUGAUAAACAAGUACUGUCUUUUGAUGAGGGCUCAGUUUUCAAAUGUAAAGUUCCAAGUACCGUCACAGCUCCGUCAUCUUUGCUUGCGUCUUCCUCCUCUUCGCUGUUUGCGGGCAGUUUUAAACAAGCUCAAAGCUUAACACCAUCAAAUCAAUCUACCAGUUCCUCUGAAAUUACCUCAGUUUGCUCCAUGACACAUUCAGCUGGUUCAAUUCCUACAGCUUUCACAACCUGUUUCAGUCAACAACUCUCAGCAGCAAGUGAGCAAGAAAGCACGGUUAAUCUAUUCAAAAUGAAAAAGAAGGUGCCGAUAGUUACUGAACCAUCUAAGCAUAACAAUAUACAUUUGUCUGAUUCUAAGCAUGAACAUUUGCCACCUGUGGUGAGUGAGCAACAAAAUAUUGAUAUAACAUCAACCAAUGUCAGUUUUGAAGACUGCAAAACAAAAAAUACACAGGCUGAAAAGUGGUUAAGUUGUAAGCCAGUGCUACUUCAGGAGACAAAAUUCGCUGGUUCUAAAUGUGUAGGUUUCGGUAAAGAACUCUCUUCAGCAGUAAGUCAACACCAAACCAAAGCGGCAACCCAGGGUGUUGGAGUUGGAACUUGGAAAGUAGAGGUGUCUUCAUUAUCUGAUGUGACAGUGAGUACAAAACAACAUGGUAAUGACGAAAACCCAGACCCCUUUUUGCAACCUACAAACAUGACACCUCUUGGAGAUUCAUUGGGGAAGUGUUUGAAUAAUAUAGAAGAAAGCAGAAAAGAAUCACCUGUGUUCAGUGAUCAAAUCAAAGGUGUACAUGAAUUGCAUUCUUCUGAAAAUCAAGGACACACUGAAGUGCACCAUAGUCCUACAACCUCUAGUGACUUUUGUGCUGUAGAACGUCAGAGCAACACAAGUGAUAAAGCAGGCCUUUCAUGUAGUCCAGUAACGCAGAUCACUUCAGAGCCACUAAACCUUUCAUCACACAGUAAAAACUUUGCAUCUGUUCCACAAAGUAUUGCAUCUAAAAGUAGUAGCUUUGAGGAAGCUAAUAAUAACGCAAAAGCAGAAGCACAAACAACAUCAUCUGAUUGUCCACUUGACACUCCCGCAGGUUUACACAAUGUUUUUACUUUCGGUGCAGGUAUUGGUUUCCAGUUCAAACCAGGAUGCCAACUGUUUGCAUCAGGGGUAAAGGAGAGUAAGGGCGAUUGUGAAACUGGACCCAAACCAAUGUUCCCAUUCCCCCCUCCAGUUAAUAACCCACCCACGUCGAUAACAGAAGAAGACAUACUCUUCUCUAACCAAGCAAAGUUAUAUUACUUUGAAAGGACAUCCUUGCAGUGGAAGGAACGGGCAUUUGGAGAAAUCAGAAUUUUGCAACAUAAAACAACAAAGCUAUCUCGUCUAGUGAUGUGGAACAGUUCUAAUAAAUGUUGUGCCAAUCAUUGGAUCACAAGUAUCCUGAAACUGAAAAAUCCAAAAAACAGCAAUCACAACUGGACUUGGAGUGCACUGGAUUAUUCAGGGAAAAAGGUUAUCAGUUUAGAUUUGGCUAUACACUUCAAGCUAAAAGAAACUGCUCAGAUGUUCAAGGAAGUUUUUGAAUCAGUAAAAGACACUGAGAGGCCUGAAUCAGCACAGAAAAGAUGUUCAGCAGAAAAUAAUGCUCUGGCAAAUGAUUCGAAAGAGGAAGGAAAUUCUUUGCAAGAAGGUGAUGACAAUGUGGUCGUGCUGAGUGAAGUUACACCAACUCCAGAGCAAAGAGCUCUUGCCUUAGAGUUGCAUCUUCCACCAACCUUCUUUUGUUACAAGAACAAGCCAGGAUAUCAAAGCAGUGACGAUGAAGAUGAGAAUUUUGAGGCUGCAGUACAGAAACUUGGUGGACGGCUUUAUCCUAAUCAGAAUUAAUAUUUUUAAUGCCUUCCUGUGAUUCUGCCUGAACAACUGUGAGAUUUGUUUUACUUAGCAAUUACUGAAGAUAUCUUGAUUUUGUAUGGUAUUUGAUAAAAGCAUAAGUGGAAUGAUGUGCAGUCUAUUCACUAAAAUCAAGACUGAAUUAACUUAGUUUAACUCCAAUUUCAUAUUUGCCUUAUUUCCCAAAAAUCUGCUGUUCAGUCAUGAAUAUAGUUAUUGCUAAUACAUUUGAAUAACCAAUUGGACCUAACAUUCAAGCAUAUUUGUUUACAUCAAUAUAUUAAAAUAUAAUCUGAAGAGGUGCCUGAAAGCUCCAUGUACAAAAUAUAUGUGACACUUGGAUUUCCAACAUUGGCAGAUUUUAAUGAAGUUCACUGUACUGUACUAUUCAAUGUGAGUUUCAUAUUUAUGAUGUAUAUGGAAACACUUGCUGUUUUUAGCAGUGUAUAUUGAUGUGAUACAUUGUUGGUAUUCUGCAAUUGAAAUUACUUGCAGAUGAGCAUUGGCCAAAUGCAUAUAUUUUUAAUCUUUUUAAACUGUUUUACAUAAAGAUGUGCAAGACUAAUCAGUGUAUCUAAAGUAUUUCCAAGUGAUAAUAGGAAAAGCAAGAAAGCUUAAUGUAUGAGUAUGUGGGAAUGGAUGCAGUUGUGUGGAUUGGUUACACUGAGCAAAAUAGAGUCUGCACGGAACCCUCACAUUUGCAUUUAACUUCAGGACAAGAUGUUUACUCCUAACUAGCUUUUGGAUUGAGAUUGAAAGCUUUGAAUUGACUUGCUAAAAACAUCUAACUAAACUCCUGGAAAAUUUAUAAUGGGCUGUGAGAUAGGAGCUUCAAGGAAGAUGGAAAUGCAUUUAUAACACUCCUAAGGGUUCUCCUGAUCUUCAGUGCUCCAAUCCCCACUUUCAAAUCACUAUUGAGUUGGCACUCGAUCCUGUGUCUGUCUCCAACUGAAUAAAAAAAUAAACAUCAAUUAUGUUUUGCCCUCCUUUCAUAGAAAAUAAUCUUUUGGACUGUAAAAUGCAUGUUGUGUUAAAACAGACCCUGACAAGAUCAUGGAAAGAUCCAUGUAGUAAUGAAAAUAUGGUUUGAUAAGAAUCUAAGAUUGUUGGUUAUUUCCCCCAGCAUUUCUGUAUGAAAUGGAAUUCAUUCUUGUGUUUUUGUAUACAGGAGUGGGAGUAGGUUAAUGUUCCAGAUGAAUAUUAAGAGCUUUUGUUUCCUAGAGUAGGAUUUCAAGGAUAUAUUGCAGUUCAUUCCAGCUAUGUAGCUAAUCCAAGAUUGUUAACAGCACUAUACUUCCAACUUUAUUGUAUUACAUGUUUUAUGUGGUUUAUUUUCUAAUCUGCCCUCUCCUUGUGUGUAUGAGGCAGAAUGCUUGGAAGAUUUGAGAACAGCUAUUACUUGCUAAAGGGUAUCUAGAAGAAUUCUUGGACCUGUAAGGUUUUUUUUUAAAGCUGAAAACUGGAAUUGGUAUUGAUGGAUACUCUAUUGUCGACGGGCACAUUGUGGGCUGAAAGACCUGUUUCUGUAUUUGACACAUUCAAGUAAUACGAAAUCACUUGAAUAGAGGAGCUUGGAGACAGAAAACCUGUAAUUCAUCACUUAAUGAUUCCACAUUUUUAUCAUGAUACUUAGAAUCCACUGAAAAAAAUGAAUUAACAGGUGCAAAAGAGCUGUGCCUAUCUAACAGCUCAAAUCGUGAAUUUCAUUACUUUUUUUUUCUUGGAAUAUUGGCAAAAUAUUUAUCAUUCAUUCUAUGAACGUGAUAGCAUUCCUUAUUUUGAUUGUGAAUGAGUUUUAUAAUGUUAAUCAGAAUUGUUUAUUUUAAAGAACAUUAAAUGAUAUUUUUCUAUAUGCAGCUGCCAGACCAAAUAACAUGGUAGUUUGGUAAAUGUCACAAUGUACCAGUAUAAUGUUUUUGUCAUAUCAUGGCCUUUGUGAUGAAACCCAAACAUUCCAUGGGGAGGAUAUACAAAGAGUUCACUGGUUAAACUCUGAACAUCGCACUAACUGCUACACUACCGUUGUGCCUGAAUGUUACUGUUAGAGGUCAAGAUUCAAAUCGCUAUCAGCUUCACUGAAAUUACAAGUCGUCUGGGGACACAGAAUAUUUAAGAUUGUCUAAUACGAAAAAUAAAAUGAUUUGACGAAUUUAGCAUUAGCAUGUAAAAUGGUAUGACCACCAGUAGGAGCAGCAUUAGUCCAUUUGGCCCAUCAAGUCUGCACUAUAAUUUGAUCAUGGCUGAUUUAUUUGCUAACUCAAUCCCAAUCUUCUUUGAUGUCCUUACUAAUUAAGUACCUGUCAGCCUCAACUUUAAAUAUACCCAAUAACUUGGCCUUCACAGCCACAAUAUACCACCUUCUACCUAAAGAAAUAUCUCCACAUCUUUGCUGAAGGGAUGCCCUUCUAUUCUAAGGCACUGCCUUCUGGUCCCAGACUCUCCUACAAUUGAAAAUAUCCUCUACACCUCCACUCUAUGCCUUUCAAUAUAAAGUAAGUUUCAGUGAGGUUCUCUCUUUCUCUCCCCCCACCCCCACCCCCCCAUCAUCCUUUUAAACUCCAGUGAGUACAGACCCAGAACAUUGCUUGUGGUUACUCUUUCAUUCCUGGAAUCAUUCUCAAACACCCUCUGGACCCUCUCCAAUGCCAACGCAUCCUUUCUUAGAUAUGGGGUCCAAAAUUGCUUACAGGACACCAAAUGCAGUCUGACCAAUGCCUUAAGGGUUUAGCAUUAAAUUCUUGCUUUUUUAAAACUAUAGGUGAUUUUGAAUUAAUCCUUUAUUAAUCUUCAAGUGAUGACUCCUAGAGAUGCUUCCAGUGCAUUCUAAAGAUUCAACAACUCUUUAGAUACCCAUGAAUCUGAUCAACAACCAAAGAUCAGAGUUUAACGUUAUAAAAAAGUUUCAAGACAAUUCUAGAAUCUGUACUUAAAGGCAGCACUUGAUUUAAGUGAAAAACCAAGGAUCAUAAAUAAAGAGAUGUCAAUUUGGUGGGCAAAUAAUUUAUUUAACAGUUAAGCAAGAGUGAGAAACUAGUACUAAAUUCAGAUCACAUUCCAAUACUAGUUGCCCUUCCCAGAGUUUAUUGCAAAAAGCAGUGUUUUGGACACCCUGGAGAUGUGAUAACUAUUGAAUUUUUUUGGUUCAUUCCUGGUCAAUAAGGCUAUAAACAUUCCACAUGUGAGAGAAUCAGCUUUAGCCAAAUUCACAAUUACAUGGAAUAGUCAUGUCCUGCCUACAACAAUGCUACUAUUAUCUACAAUACAAUGUAACAUAUCAAAUUAUUUGCAUUUGAGAUGCUGUUUAAACAUUUUGUACCCCUGAACAAAAGGUGGUGUUGCACAUAUUAGCUGUGAUUAUCCAAAGGUAGCCAUGUAAAUUUGGAAUGUAGUUGCUGUAAUUGUAUUUCAUAUCAUAUUUGAUUUUAAUGCUCGACUACAAUAAAUUUUUUAAAAUGAA